AUGCCGUUCUCUUACAUACGUGAACCGACUCCGCGUUCCGCUGAUGCAGGCCAGAACGACUCCCGAGGCCAGCCUGCUCACUCAGGCCAGGCUCAUCCUCCCCAACAAACUCAUUUUCAGUCGCAGCAAGGGUUUCCUGGCUAUAGCACCUAUCCGUCUGCGGGCAUGGUGAUGCAAGACUUCGCUCCGGCGAGUUACAGCACCCGGUCCAGGCCUCUUGAUAUGCAUUGCUCUACAGUAAGCGCCGGUCCGUCCUCCUCCUCCAGCGGCAGCAGUAGUAAUGGAAAACAGUUUGCAUCUCCCUCUCCUUCCUCCGCACACCCCGGGGGCGGCGGAAACGAGGGCAUUUUCCAAAUGCCUGCUUUCCUCAUGGGAGGUUUCGGCGGGACACUUGCGCCAGGAGGAGGCGCUGAGGUACUCACCCCGUGUACCAUGGGCAUGUUAAGCUCUUUUUCUUCGCCUUAUGGCCUUCUGCAGUCAUCUCUUGGCAGCAGCAGCUGUAGUGAGAAGGCACUUUCGUGGCAAACACCCAAAUGCUAUACGAUCGAGGAGCAACAGCACCAGGAUGACGUCGCUGACGGUGCUGCAUCUGCACCUGUAACUCAUACGCAUUCCAAGAGUCCCCCGGCUCCGGCCGCGGCGUCGCCCUUUGGAUAUCUAAAUGCCGAUAUGUCCCAGGAGCAGAAAAUGGACACCACUGUUCAGCAAGAGAGUGAGGCCAUGGAUGAAACGUCCCGCCCAAUUGCACGCCCGACAGCAGGAGCCGUCGUCCCCUCAGACGAGCAUGCUCCUUCGUCUGUACCAUCGAUGGAAGUACAUCCCAUGGACGCACUUCGACAGUUUUCUCCUCAGGGAGUCUACGCUCUAAUGCCCUCCGCAGGUCUCCCUCUUUACUCCCAGUCCGGGUUCGAUAUGCUCAGCAUCCUUGCACGUGUCGCCCGACGUCCUAAUCAGACUAUCUCUCUCGGACCAGUGGAUUUUUCCUGUUCGUUCAUCGUUGCUGAUGUCCGACAGCCAGAUGCGCCUGUCGUUUAUGCGUCCCCAACAUUCUGUGAACUCACAGGGUAUUCUGAGGGUGAGAUUUUAGGGCAAAACUGCCGUUUUUUGCAGGCUCCUGGAGGGCGCGUUGCGCGCUCCGAGAUACGCCGCUUUACCUCCUCGGACGCGGUACGGGAUAUGCGCUUCGCUCUUGACAAGGAUCGUGAGGUUCAGGUGAGCCUGGUCAAUUACCGAAAGGACGAACAACCAUUCGUAAAUCGCGUAUCAAUCGUACCUAUCCCAGCUACGGAUGAUGGAUCAGAGAUUGCUUUCCAUGUUGGAUUCCAGGUCGACCUUAAUGUGCAACCAGGACUCAUUACGCAACGCAUGCAGCAAGGGAAGUUUUACUCUAGUGAUGAUCCAGGUGAUUCGUUAUAUAAGAGUUUGACACCAGCGGAGAGGAGUGCUAGAGGCCUCGGAAGGAAUCUUCGUGCACUACUUUCCGAUCCGUCUUUCCAAUCUUCUGUGCCCCUUACAGUUUCGUGCAAUUCUGCACAAUCUUCUGCCACUGCUACCAGCUCUACCACUGACCCAAACACGUCGGCAUCAAGCUCGAGAUCGGCAAGUAAACCCGACACGCGCGACGAGCGCCAAUGGCUGCAUCUCCUCCUACUCGAACACUUGCCCGACUUUAUUCACGUCCUCUCGCUUAAGGGUCACUUUCUUUACGUGUCCCCUGGUAUCACCCGUGUUUUGGGUUACUCCCCAGCCGAUCUUAUUGGCAAAUCCGUCGGCGACUUUUGCCACCCAAGUGAUGCGGUUCCGCUCCUGCGCGAAUUGAAGGAAAGUACAGGUCAUACCGUCGUGCCUAGUGCAAAUGAAUCAGGCGACACUGCGUCCGGUGAGGGACACGAGGCACGACAAACGCACAUGGGCCAGCGUACCGUUGAUUUACUGUUCCGUAUGCGGACCAAGGCGGGCGGUUACGCAUGGGUUGAGUCGAUUGGCCGUCUCCACGUUGAAGCUGGUAAGGGUAGAAAGGCGAUUGUCCUCAGCGGGAGGACAUGUGCCAUGCCUAAUCUUCGCUGGGGAGCCAUCUCGCAGGCUGGGGGGAUCCUCGGGACUUCCACAUCUAUUAUUCCGCAUGGGUCACUUUCUGGUGGUUCAGCGCCCGAAGAAAGCUCUGGAGAAGAACGUGAACUCUGGGCAAUGCUUUGCGAAGAUGGACUUUUCCUCGUUGCAGGUAUGGCCUCGCGUGAGCUCCUUGGAUGGGGUUCUGCUGAGAUGAUUGGGCGCUCCAUUCGCGACUUUGUCGUAUCCGACGAUGCUGAACCCCACUCUCCCAGUACUUAUGCUUUUGCAUCUGCGGAACAAGUUCUUACUGCAGUUAAAAUCGCUUACGCGGGAGAAAGUGGUACACAGAAGCUCUCGUGUCGAAUGAGGAGACGGGAUGGCGAAAUGGUAUCGAUGGACGUGACUUUGUAUGCUAACGAAUCGCGAACGGUCAGCGGUCGGAUUAUUGUGCAGUUUAAGAUCCUGCCGUCCCCCUCUUUGUCUGCACCGGCAUCUGCUUACCAUUCCCAGCUCUUCUCUCCGACGUACCACACCUCACCUUAUGUACAUCAAUUCACGUCCUCACACCCCCAUAGUCAUCCUUCCCACCCGUAUCCUCACACACCGUACGUCCACUCUCAUGUUCCCGCUCAUGGCCACGCCCACGCAACAUUCUCCUCCAGCACCGCAGGGCGGAUCUCUCAUGCACCGACGACGAACGCCUUCGCCGAGUUCGAGACACAUAGGGGUACAUCUUGGCAAUACGAACUCCAGCAGCUCAAGUACGCAAACGAUAAGCUGCGCGAGGAAGUUGGCGUACUUGAGACGCGGCAGCGGCUUCGGCGGCAACAGCAACAACAACGUCAGUCGCACCAAGGUACCUGGAUAGAGAACGUCCAGGCAUAG